GAAGAAAUGAGAAAAGAAAUAUCAUAUAUUAGAUCUAACAUUACUGAAAUCCACGAAAACCGACAAGUUCAGACGUUCGCUACAUUGAUGAGUAAUAAUCGAUUUUGAAUUGCUGCGUGAAAUGCACGCACGCGAUAUCCCGAGCGCAAGCUCAUCGCCCUUACAAUCGAUGCACCUGAACUGUCGUAAACAGUCGCUUUCGGUCUGCCCGCGAAUAUGCAUCCCUCCGUUCGACGUCAGACAGAUCCACCUCAAAACACAAACUACGAAGAAGAUAUCGUUUACGUGACGAAACACAACAAAUGGGUUCUGAAUUCCAUCGGGAUAUGGCCCGCUGUGGUAGAAGACAUCGACAAAUUUUUACCAAAAAUCGUAAUUGGAUUCAGUAAUUUGGUGUCGCUUUUUACGGUAGUGCAGUGUAUACUACACAUUAUAUUAGAAGAAAAAGAUUCUUUAUUACGACUGAGGCUCUUGGGAUUGGCUUGCUUUGCUUCAAUCAACCUGUUGAAGUAUUGGGCUGUUAUAGUGCGCAAACCGAACAUCGAAUACUGUAUCAAACAGGUGCAGACAGAUUGGAAACAGGUAGAGUUUCAAAAAAAUCGCAUGCUGAUGCUAAAAUACGGGAAGAUCGGCAGAGAUCUGACCAUAUAUAGUGCCAUGUUCAUGUAUAGUGCUGGCAUGUGCUACAUUACGAUCAUGCAGUAUGCAAUGGAAAUGAGCCUGAAGGCAAAUAAUCGUACAAUCAGAGUGUUAGUGUACCCUACGUAUAGUGGAUUUUUCGAUGCUCAAAAAAGCCCCAUUUACGAAAUCGUGUACGUUCUCCAAUGUAUGUGCACAUUUGUGUUCAACUCUGUGACAGUUGGGUGUUGUGGAUUAGCCGCACUUUUUGCAACACAUGCCUGUGGACAGAUUGAUGUCGUCAUAUCUCAAUUAAAUGAUCUGGUUGAAGGAAAAUUCUCCGAAAAAAAUUCUGAUCCGAACACUCGACUGAUGGAAAUCGUAAAACAUCACAUAAGAAUUUUAAAAUUUUCUGCGGUGAUUGAGACGAUUCUACAAGAAGUGUGUUUUUUCGAAUUCGUUGGUUCCACGUUUGUAAUAUGCUUGCUCGAAUACUAUUGUAUAACGGAUUGGCAACAGAAUAAUAGAAUUGGUUUGGCUACAUACUCGAUGCUACUAGUAUCCUUGACGUUCAACAUGUUCUUGUUAUGCUACAUUGGCAAUCUUCUAAUAGAAAAGAGUACUAGUGUCGGAAUAUCCUGCUAUAUGAUAGACUGGUAUCGCUUACCAGUCAAGACAGUUCAAGAUCUCAUCUUAAUCAUUGCCAUGUCGAAUAGUCCGGCGAAAAUUAGCGCCGGUAGGAUGUUUCUCUUAUCUUUACCCACUUUCGGAAAUGUUCUAAAAACAUCAUUCGCGUAUUUAAACUUCGUCCGAAAUACCAUUAUGUACUAAUUUCACAAUUAUUUUGUUAUUUUCUUGUGUUCAGUUGUAGAAUAGUGAAUAAAGAAAUGUACUGUAAAAAUAUUCG